UCUGUUUCGUUGUUGUUGUUGUUGUAGUCGUAGUCGAGCGGAGCUGUUAUUGUGUCCGCAGAGUGGACAGCGUCUCCGCAGCACUGACAGUGUAGAAACAGCAUGGAGCGGCGUAGCACCCUUUGACUAUAUGCAGGCGACAUUGCAAAGAAAAGCAAGCUAACUGCCUAUCCUAAGAAAGCUCAUCUGGACAAAAAAAGCUAGCAAACCACGUUUUCUUUCCAACAUGGAAAUAGAGAAGAGGACAAAUGGGCUCGAGUUCCAGGAAAGGGGAGAUGCGAAGGCUGUGAAUGAUUGUAAGCAGGAGAGUACUACGGCAGCUACAAACCGCUUCUUUGUAGAACACUCCCUUGAAAGUGAACAACUGAAUGGAAUGGAUGAUCGGGCUGAUCAGCGUACCUGUCUUAUAUGUGGAGACAGAGCCACGGGUCUGCAUUAUGGAAUCAUUUCUUGCGAAGGAUGUAAAGGGUUCUUCAAGCGCAGUAUUUGCAACAAAAGGGUCUACAGAUGCAGCCGGGACAAGAACUGUGAAAUGUCACGCAAGCAGCGGAACAGAUGCCAGUACUGCCGUCUGCUCAAGUGCCUCCAGAUGGGCAUGAACCGCAAAGCAAUCAGGGAAGAUGGCAUGCCAGGAGGAAGAAACAAAAGUAUUGGGCCUGUCCAGAUAUCAGACGAAGAGAUUGAAAGAAUUAUGACUGGACAAGAAUUUGAGGAGGAGACCAGUAUGCCAUGGAGUAAUAUUGGAGAUAGUGAUCACAGCUCCCCUGGCAAUGGGGUUUCUGAAGCCAACCAGCCGUCGCCUGUUUCCACUCUGUCAUCCAGCAGGUCGCUGGAGAUGAAUGGAUACAGCACAGCACUCAGGGAUCAAUACAUUGGUACGCAGUUAUCCUCGCAUUACCAGUACCUGCCGCACAUUUUUAACUAUGCUGCACAAUCUGGGCUGCUCCCUCCAAAGUCCCGCAGCCUGGAUCCUCAGUCACAGACGUUAAUCACCCAGUUAGUUGCUGCUGAAGAUCUGGAACCACUUGGCACACCAAUGCUUAUUGAAGAGGGAUAUAAAGUGACACAAGCCGAGCUGUUUGCAUUGCUCUGCAGGCUGGCAGAUGAGCUACUCUUCCGACAAAUCGCCUGGAUCAAGAAGCUGCCUUUUUUCCUUGAGCUUUCAAUCAAAGAUUACACCUGUCUCUUGAGCAGCACCUGGCAGGAGUUGAUCUUACUCGCCUGUCUUACUGUUUACAGCACGCAAAUCUUUGGGGACCUAGCCAAUGUCACAUCCAAGUACUCCCCGUCUGAUGAGGAACUGCAAAGGUUCAGUGAAGAUGGCAUGGAGGUCAUGGAGCGUUUGAUAUACCUUUUUCGAAAGUUUCAUCAAUUGAAGGUCAGCAAUGAAGAAUAUGCCUGCAUGAAAGCCAUCAACUUUCUAAAUCAAGAUAUCCAGGGUCUCACAAAUGUCUCUCAGUUGGAGCAGUUGAACAAGAGAUACUGGUAUGUGUGUCAGGACUACACGGAGUUCAAGUACUCGCAUCAGCCCAAUCGCUUUCCUGAGCUCAUGAUGUGUCUCCCUGAAAUCCGCUACAUUGCAGGAAAAAUGGUGAAUGUUCCUUUGGAGCAGCUUCCUCUCCUGUUCAAAGCAGUUCUGCACUCCUGCAAGUCAAGUAUCAACUAAGAAGGCUCUGCCUUACCGCCGUGCCUCUGAGGAAGGGAGGCUGAUGAUGUUGAAUGUCUGCGAUCAACCUUAAAGGGGACGUGAAGUGCAAAGCGAGUCCCUGUGAAUGUGACAAGCAGCUAUUUUUUACUUUUUUUGGUCUUUAUAUAUUUAUUUCACGACAGAGUUGAAUGUAUGAUCUUCAACACAGUGCACAUGCUUCUGUACAAAAAGAAUGCAAAGAAGUGUAUUAUUCUUGCAGUUUACAUUGUUUUUGAUAUUAAGUGUUACAACGUUGUCAUUUUAGCAUUAGGGGUUUUUUAUCAUUUUUUUUUUUUUUUUUUUUUUUUUUUGUAGGGGCUGAGAUAAAUAUUUGAAAUGUUUUAUUGUGAGAACUACCUCAGGAACAAUUAUUGUAUCAUUUUGCUUUUGAAAACCUUUCCAGGUCCAAGCAGAUCUUCAUUAGAAUUUCAAAACUGUCACUUUGAAGGCAAAUCACAGCGGUACGAUUUACAGAGGAAGGGUUCCUGUGUCCGGAUUUGAAUUUUUGCCAUGCAACACACUGUUGUGAUAAUCAUUAUUAUUAUUUUUUUUUUUGUAUUGCAGGGCAGUUCAAAUUCAUAUUUAACAUCGGAUUGUUUUAAGCCUGAGCGUAUUGUCACUUUUCAGUAUAUUUUCUGUCAAGAAUUUGGGCAAUGACAUUCGUUUAAGAAAUUUAAAAUGGUCGUUUGCUCAAGUGUUUCAAAAUGGCCGCCAAAAAAAAUAGCUACUGUAUUAUUAGGUGAUGUAAAAAACAAAAAAAAAAAUUCUAGGCCAUUUGCUUUCAUAUCUGUAAGCCUACAUGGUGGCAGUUUUGUUCAGCCACUUCAGCUUGCUCUGAAGUCACUCCAUGUGCAAUUCUACCUCAUUAAAUUAUGUAAAGAAGAAUCAUUUUAUAGAGAUGAAAAUGUAUAUAAUAUACGGGUAUUUUUGAAUAGACAAUGGCUGGUGUUAGAGCCAAAGCAGGAUUCUUUUCUGAACACACCCGGACCACCCCGAGUGGAAAUAUACUAUGCACAGUAAUUUCAAUCCAAUCCACAUUCCAGGGGAGUACCAGAUUUGGACUUCUCAGGAAAACCUUUCUGCUUUCACACCUACCUCGAAUGUGUUUUAUAUGAUUUAGAAGGUUUUUGUGUAUUCAAGAUUUUGUUUCAGCUCCAGUGUCCUAAUGGGAUUCCUUAUUGUUUUUUUUUUUUUUUUUUAAAUCAUGUAGGACUUGAGGCCUAUAUGAGGUUGUGUUUCUUCCUUCUUGCGCUUUCUCUCUCUCUUUUAUUUUCCUAUUUCUCUUGCUCAAGUCGUUUAUGACUUGUGUUUUGAACAGGGUAAAGUAAAUGUGUUGUCUUGCAUUUUAAAUUUACUCAGGUAUUAGUAUGUGAGACUAAUAGUAGAUUAGAGGUGAUUUUAGGUCAUUCUGUAGUUCUUUUCCUAAUGGAUUUGAAGGGUGACUAAGAGCUCGAUUUUUAGCUUGCGUGACAGCCAAGUGGAGCUCUAAACCAUGCAAGCGACUCGAUGAACAAGAAAAAAAAUAUAUAUAUAUAUAGAUGUGUGCUCGAUUUACAUUUGUAAGCAUUCCUCAGCAGAAAAGUGCAUUUAAGGAAAGCACAAAGUUUACAGACCUAUUUGCACCAGACAAUGGAAAAUGCGCCUCCCAGAACCCUUUACCCCCUCCAGCCCUCUCCCUUUACCAGUAGAGUAUGGUUCCUUAAAUGCAGACCGAUGUGGCCAGUUUGGCGAGGACCACCCUGCAGAUGAGUUGUACCGUAUGACACAAACUGCACCUUCAAAUCCAUACUGCUGUAUAUUUCAAGUUUCUGUUCUGUCGUUCCUUAAGUACAUGUUGUGAGGACCCCCCCCCCCCCCCCCUUUUUAUUUUUUAUUUUCACUCUCUUAUUUUUAUUUUUUUUUAUUUACCCCUCCCCGUUGAGUUGAUGUGAAAAUUAAAGCUGGUGACUGUGAAUAUAUAUCUCUGUCUUUCUCAGGAUGAUGAUGGGCAAUCAUUCCUGCCACCUAAUGUAGGGCAGAAAAGGGAAUGAAGGGAACAAGGGAAAGGGGGUGGGGGGGGGGUGAACUGAAGGGGUGGGGUUUAUGUAUAUUGAAAUUGUUGAAUGUGUAAGAUGAUUGACAAUAUGUAAACCACAGUUGUCAUGUGUAGUUAGUUGUUAAGACACCAUGGCUCUCUUCUCUUCUUCGAGUCUAUACUGCCUUGUCCGCAGGGUGAAUUUGUAUCUCAGGGACGUGUAUUUAUUUUUGACUCUUGAGAGAAUUGAGCCCAAAAACUCAUCAUUGCUUCUUUCAUGCUUUGUUCGGGUUACUGUGAUUUGGAGGGCCUACUGCUUGAGCCUAUGCAAGAUACGGAGAAAGGCUUUUUUUUUAAUUGUGAUUAUUAUUACAGCAGCAUGUUCCCGACAAAUUAGGUCUCCUAAAUUAAAAAAUAAAAAAAAAAAAAACGAAAACCGUUUUCCAAGACGUUCACUGACACGGUAAAACGUGUUAGGUAAAUGAAAAGUCAGUGGAAUUGAGUAAUGAAUGUAAUGUGUUCCACGAUUGACGCAAAAAACAAAUUUUUAUUUUUCAUUUGGAGUUUCAGAAGUGUUGCACCAGAGAGCAGCAGAAAAAAGGAACAAUUCGGUGAAUUAUAUGCCGGAAAAGUUGAAAAUUUGACUUUUACGUGCUGCCGCUGUGAUCUAUCGUCUUUUUCACUUGAAUUAUACGAUUAAAAAUAAAAAAUCCUUUGUGUGCCUAAUGCUGGAUUUUUUAAAAUUUACAUUUUAUUGGUGCACUUCUCUCCAAUAAAUAUCUCGGUCCACUCAUACAAAAGCCAUCAAAACCUGAGAUAUAGAAAUAUUUCCUGCCGUGUUUAGGAAAGUGAUACUGUUGACGGAAAUGACAUGGUCCAUUACAAAUGGCACCAUUGCUGCUGCCACAGGCAAACCCAAACAUAAGGUAAUGUUUAACUAUUUUAAAUUUGACCCACUGUUAACUAUGAAAAGGCCAACUCAACAAAACCCUUGCAUUUCUGUUCAUAGCCAAAGCUGCAGCUUCCUUCUGAAACGGGCUGCACACAAACAGGAGUCGAGUUUUUCGUUUCUUGCCCCGUUUAGAAAGCCGCUCGAUCAUUUCAAAGGGUCUUUUCUGUUUUCGUCCGAGAGCCUCACAUUGCUGCGCUGCCGCUGUCCAAAAUCAGUCGCGUCUUGUUUUGAACAUAAAACCUGUGGCCCGUUUCAGCAGCAAGGCAAAGUCCCAUCAUGUGAGCACAAGUUUGAAUGUCUGGCACAAGGAGCCUCUCUGAAAUGCUGCUUUGUAAUUUUAUAGUUGGGGGGGAAAAAUAUGUCGAGUGUUAUCUGCCAAUUUCACAUGCGUUUAUUACUGUAGUCUUGAGUAUUGAAAAUCCCAGAGCGGGAGAACUCUUAGCGUAUUUGUAAGCAAGAUCCUUGGGUGACGUCACGGACCUGCUUUGAACAUUCAUGAAAGAAGUGCGAUGCUCUUUGUGUAGAGGCCCGUUUGAAGCAUGUGCCGCCGGAUUCACGUAAACGUCUUACUUGUCGUGUGUUGCUCCACCCUAAACCCUCCAUGUCAUUGAAUGUGUCAUUAUAUUUGAUAUAACCAAAAAUUCAAAUUGUAUUCAGCCACAUCUUUAUCUGUAAGGAAUUUUGUGACAAAACAAAAAUCAAGCAGAAUGUUCUGCUGUUGACUUGAUGCAAUUUGGGUGUUUACGUUGCUUUUUAGUGGAUUUUGAUUCUUAAAGUAAAUUAUCAAUGUAGUUGUUAUUAGUUUGCUAUUUGCGUUUAAGAUACAGGACAUUUCUCUUCUACCUCAUAGGAUUCCAGCAGAUGACCAUCCGGUCAGAUAUUUUUACCAAACUGGAAUAUUAACAACAAUUUACUCAUUUUCUCACGUGAAGCCUGCUUUUCUGUGGAACAUUGACUUGAAUUUGGGAUAAGUGAGAAUUACGAUAAUUUUAAUCCUUGAACUAAUCACAAAUGAAUACUGACCUCGGUACAUCUCCAGAGUGACCUGUAAAUCCAGGUAACAUCAUGCUACUUAAUAAAACCUCUGGAGGGUUUUCCUAGUGCUCUUUUACUUAUCACGUUGCUCAUUUGUUGUUUUGGUCAAAGGCUGCUAUCAGUCCAAAGUGUCUGUGAUUAGUUAUACCAUAUUAUCAGCCAAAAACACACACAAAUAUAAUUCACAUUCGCACACACAUGUAACACAUAUGUUUGUUAGUGUGCACAUGCUCGGUUACACACACAACGUGUCUACAUCCCUACAUACAGUAAUAGGCACUGUAACUGCACAGUGGUUAGCGCUACUGCUUCAGACUCUCAAAGACUUGAAUGCUUCAGGUUUAGCACGGCCUGCACGUAGUUUACAUUCUCAGAAAAUACAGACUCAGAUUUAUUCUGGACGCUUCAGUUUUCCUUCAACAUCCCAUAAAUGGGCAGGUUCUGUUGAUUGGAAGCUACAGAAUUGGCCAAAUGCAUCUUUGCAGUUGUGCCCAGUAAUGUGGCUGGGCUGACUCUGGCCUUGCAGCGAAUGCUUUCAGGGAAGGACUCCGCUGUUUCCCUCAUACCAGUAGCAGGAGAUGUUGGGUCCGGUGAUGGAAGGCUGAUUGGUUACAAUCAUGAGUUUUGUCCGCACACACUCAUACAUACGUGUGUACAUGUUAGGAUGAAUAUUUUUGAGAUUUAUACACAUAUGGAUGAGGUCUUGUCUGAUCGGUGUGUGUACACGUUCAUGUAUGUAUGUGUGUUUAUAUACGAAUACACAACAUAUGUACACACACACACAGUAUACUUUAUACAGGUCUGUUGAGAUUGUUGCUGUUUUGAAGGAAACCAAGCAGAGAAGAAAAAAAAAGUUUACAUUUUUUAUGUUAAUAUUUUAUAUGUAUUUACUUUUUCCCACAUUAUAAUUCAUUAUUCGCAUAACCUGUUUUAAGUAUUCCUAUUUAUCAAGCAGUUAUUCAGUCAUUAAGUAUGCAGCACAUUGAAUGUAGAUUUUUUUGAAGUAAUUGUCAAUAGCAAUGUUUAUAAUACUGUAUGUUAAUGAGAGUACCAAAUAAUGUAUUACUUAUAAGGUUUCCUUUUUUUUUUUUAAAGAUGUGUCCUUCCUCCCCAUUCUAUUUUAAGAUGACUUAUCAGAGCUAAACCAAAAGAGUUUAAUUUUAUAGACCGUGAAAUGACAGGAAGGCCCCCCUGGCCGGAUGUACUGUAAAGUGAAUGCGAACUUCAGUCCAAUUUGAACAAAGUGCUGGAGUUUGAGGCGCUCGGCUCCUGUCACUCGGGCGCUGGCCGGGAAUUUCUGACUUGUUACGGGUAAGCCGGCUGUUGGAUUACAGAGCGUCGUACUAAAAUGGGGCGCUUGGGGGUCUUUAAAUAUCCAGCCGACAGGAUGAAAACGUUUCUUGUGCUCCCUUCGAAUCUGCCAAGUGGCCUUUUUAAUGGCCGAAUUCGGAGCUGUUAGGAGAUUUGAGUUCCACUGUACUGGCAGAGUUCAGAGGUACAGAUAUUGAAGUUGGGGGCCAGCAUAUUGGAAAACUUGAAGAACCUUCAGUUCCCAGAGCAACGUCAGUCCACAAGUUUAAAAGGGUCCUGACUUGUUGGGUACCCGGGGUACGCUUGUGAAGAAUGCGACGAUACAGUGAGACUCGUUGCUGUUGAUUUCCUUUUACAAUGCGGUGUUUGUCUGUUUUUUAUUCAGUAUUACAGCCUUUCCAAUUUAAAGAUAUGGCGUAUUUGAUAUCUGUCAACUCUGCUCUGUGGCUCGACUACCUGUGAAAAUUGUGACCAACAAAGUGUUUUUCAGCAUGUUUAGAUUGUGCUAGAAUUUGACAAAUAAAUGUGAAUCCUAUUCAAACCU